GGCGUGAUAUAAAUAGAGAUCAUGGUGGAGACUGCAUCGACUCUCCUCCUGGUGCUAGGGAGCUCUCGCCGUGGGUAGACUGGCGCCCCAAUCCUGACGCGCCGCUUCUGUCGGUUCUGGUGAUGGCGCGCGCAGGGCGGAAAUACAGCUCGGCCGACGAUAAUUGGGUUGAAUCUAACCAGCGUGAUGUUCUACAAAUUCUCGACGACUUAUCCCUCAACUACAUGAUGCACCGUGAUGUGCGCCCGGCCAAUAUCGUACUUGCCCCGGUGGACACGCGAAAAUGCAAAGUACACAAACGUGUCCAUAAAUGGAACAUCAUUGACUUUGCCUGGUCGAUUGCCGAUGACCCCGGCGAUGAAGGGAAGGAUGAGCUCAUUCGCGAAAUACAACAAUCAGCGUUCAGUAAUCUGAUAUUCACCUCUUGACUGCAUGGACUGGAGUGUAACGCUAGUCCACCACUCAGGAUGCGACUGGUGGCCAGACAUUCCCAGUCCUCGAACAUGUCAUCAAGAGUAGUGAAGC